AGACUAUUGUUUGCUAGAAGCUGGAGUAUCUAGUAUCUAUAGUAGGUUGUGGCUCUUCAUCCCUUGAAAUCAAAAUGCCAACCGACGCUCACGCCCGCGCACCACGUCAACGAGAAGCGUCUGGGAACACCGUGGAAAGUCGCAUCCGCGCUCUGCGUGGAGACGGCAAAAAAGACGCCAACAGCGACCGACUGCAGCAGGCUGCGGCGGAAUUCAUCACCAGCCUCGGCAAUCUGAAUAGCAGCUGUACUCUUUGUCUUUUUCGUUUCGCACUGUUCUAGUAGUCGGGUCAUUGAUUUCCAUUACGUAAAAUUAAUGGGGUCGGAGUUGGACGACCGCGAAAAUGAAAUUUAUUUUGCUUUCCUACUAUGUUUUUAUGAAGACACUAAUGUCGCUUCCACCCAUUCUUGCCCCAUAUGCGUAUAAUGUAGAAUUUAUACUAGAUUUUGAGGUGUAGGGAAUUCAUCUCCAAAGUCAUCUGGAAGAAAAACACAAGGGGAAAAAGGGACCCAGAUGAUCUCUGGGAUGGAUUCCCGAUACCUCUAAUAGUAAUAGAUCAUCAUACUUAUAAACUAAAACUUAAUUUAAUACUAGCCCGCGCAAGCUUCGCCCGGCUUCGAGUUUAGUACUUCUCCGCCCACGGGCUACAGCUAGAGACAGCCCGCGGGCGAAGUAGUGCACUUCGAUAUGCCGACCACGACGAGGCUGCCGACGCUAAGCGACUGAGAUACUAGAUGCGCCGACCUAUGCGCAGGCUGAUAAGUAGGCCGCUUCCGGUUUUUUAUUAGACUGUCGGGGGAGUCACGCAAAUUCUUAAGAAUUUGCAAGACCCCCACGGCAGUCCGACAAAAAUAACCGGAAGAGAAUCCCCUGGCACGCAUAACCACUCGCAGGCCCCAAAACUUAUAGCCGGCCCGCGGUGGCAGGCUGGCAAGGAAGAGGGGCGACCUUGACGGGCCAAGAAACAGAAGCGCAUGGAUGGCCGCGCUGGCUGGGUCUCGUUUCUCUAUGUGCAGCCGGUGGGACUUCUUCCUUCAUCGGAUGGCAUUGCUUCUGUCUGAGGGGCGUCUUGUCUUUCGUCGGGCUGAGGUCUUUCGUCACGCCGACGCCCUUCGCCGGCUGGGCGGACCUCUUUCGUCAGGCUGACUCCUCUCGUCAGGCCGACGGCUUUCGUCAGACUGACGCCUUUGCUUCGUCAGCCCGGCGGCUGUUGUCAGAGGGGUCGGCGCCUUUCGCCAGACGUCUCGCGCCCCACGGUCUGAGGCCUUUCGUCGGGCCGAUGAGUGUCUUUGCUUCGUCUGUCAGAUGAAUAUCUGUCGUCAGGCUGAAGCCUUUCGCCGGAUUUAUUAACGUCUUUCGGCUUCGUGUGGCCGACGCCUUUCGUCAGGCCGACGCCGUCAGGCGUCUUACGUCUGGCGCCGGCUUGUCGUCUGAUGACGUCAUGUCUGUUGUCUGACGUUUUUACUUUCGCCUGAGGUCUUACUUUCGUCAGACGUCUCGUGGCCGACGUCUUUCGCCUGACGUCGGUCGCCAAUCAGACGUCUUUCGUCGGACGUCUCUCGUCAGGCGUCUUUCCUUCGUGAGACGUCUCUGCGGGGACAUUUUUCGCCAGACGUCUUUCGUCAGGAGACGCCUUUCGGGUGUGUUUUGUCAGACGUCUGUCGCCAGGUGGCUUUCGUCCACCGCUUUUCGGCGGGGUUCUUCUCUCGGCCAACUUGCGCCCUUACUUCUGUCGGGCAUUUUUUUGGCUUCUUUUCUGAUAGUCUGCUGGGGGGCUGUGCCUUAGGUUCCCACAGGAAAAUGGUCGGAGACUGUCGGGAUUUGAGCCGGAGGGAAAGCCGCCGGAGACUAUAGGCGGAGGAGGAAGAGGCGAACUAGUCUCCGGCGCAUAUAGGUGCAUAAUAGAGGCUCCUAAUAUAGACUCAAAAAGAUAAAAAUUAUAUCGAUUAAUAAUAUACUUUUUGCAAUGUUUUAGCACUAUCAACUUAUAGUAAUUUUUACAGAUGAGUUUUAUUCUCCGGGGAAAACGCGGACUCCGCCUGGGAACAAACGAGUCCACGGCAGCAGCAGUUUCGAGGAUGCUCAUCUGCUAGAGGAGAACUUUGAUGGAAACCUCGUUUCGCCUUCACCACCACGACAAGAAGCGCAAGCUUUGUCGCCGCAUCUUCAUGGAGUGGCUGCGUCAGAGGUGGACGAGCUGCGUUUCUCUAUCUCAACUGCUGGCAGCCUGGCUCCGGCCGACCUUAGUGGGAAGCUGUCAACGAUCGCCGCCACGUCUUCAGAGAGCAGACAGCAGCCGGCAACAAUCGUUGCUUGCACAGGCGUGAGCAAUGAGACGUAUUUUGACGCGCCGACAGCGGAAGGCGCGCCGACGGAACACGUACCUGAGCACAAUUACGAAUUCCUUUCAAAUAUGCGAAUGACAGGCUGCGCGUGUUCCGAAGCAGAAGACCUCAUGCUGAACCAGAGCUACCUCUCAGACGACGCAAACGGAGGGUCCUCCUCAUCAUCCACCUCUUCUGUAACGUCCGCUGUCAGUAGUGUUAGCAACAUCAAACAGGGAUUACCUGCAUCAUCUUCAUCCUCUUCGUCGUCGUCUUCUAAGCCUUACGCGAGGACGAUGGCUGAGCGGGCAAAGCGACCCCAAGAGACCGCAGCCACUGCUUUAGAUCGUGCAUUGAUGCGCGGGCUAGCAGCGUUGGGCAAAAACAGUCCUGAAGACGGUAUAUAUCCGCUGCAAGAGAAACAGGACGACCUAGGGGUGAGCACAGUCGGUGGGCCUUCAGAAACGAUAAGUUCCAUGAUUGCCGAGGAAAAGGAAGCGAAUACUCAUCUUCCAGGUGAAGUAGAUGGUCAUGGUGCUGGCGCAUCAAUAGUUGCACCGCCAAUAAAAGCUGCUAGCCCGGCUGCGACAACACCGGGAAGUGUCCAUAUCCCGACACUGCCCAUCCCGUUUGUAAAAAAGGCGUCCGACUUCGUGCAUGACAAGUACUGUUUGCCAGACGAUGAUGACCUCUCUUGCUCGCCUGACAUCCCACCGGCAGAUGCGCCGCCUGCGCAUUCAGGAAGCGUUGUGAAUACGCCUCCAGCACCACCUCCGGACACUCCCCCGCUGUCAACAGAACUCCGCGGAGACGCGGGGGCAGACACCUCGUCGGUAUGCUUGCAGCCAGACAUGAGCACCUCCAGCGGCGACGAAGGGCAAGAAGUGUUGACCACUUCUGUCACGGAGCGAGCAGUUGAAGCGCAAAGCGUUAAAGCCAAUGUCGUAGCAUCUUCUGCCUCCAGCAAGAGCUGUUUCACUAAGCCUGUCGUCGAAAGCGGUGUCAUAUUUCCAGAACAGAUCCCGGUAGGACAGGGCGCAGUAAAGCUGCCGCUGCGUGGCGCACCGUCAGAGUCGUGCGUUAGCACACAAGAAGAGGACGACUCUAGCGGUACAGAGGACCACACCUAUCCGAGCGCCGGCAGCCCUUCGGAUCCCCUGACUGGAGGAGCUGCAUCGAGCAGUUUCUCAGGUGUUUUUCCGCCUUCUGGUGGCACGUCCGCAGCGGCCUUCGGUAAUACCGGAUUGCCGGUUAGUCUUGCGAACAAUCCAAAUUUUCUACUUCCACCUGGAAACCAGCAUGGAGAGUUUUUUAUCGGAACACCGGAUGCUGCAAACGCCAGUUUGGCCAGCAGCGCCGCCGAAAACUCGUUUUGCAAUCAAGAGUUUCUGAACCAAGUGCAUGCUGCUGCUGGGGUCUGGACCAAAACGCAGGAAGUGGAAGCAGUAGGGUUUACUGCAAUGGGGAACACCUCUAAGAAUGGAAAUCAAUUUUGCACUAGCUUCGAUCAGCCAGAAUCUCAUAGAAGUGACCUCGACGAUGUCAUGUACGAGUCUGUGCGCAUUCCUUCGGACGCCGUGGAACUUAUUUCGAGUAUAGACAGCAGUUGGAUGACAGCAAACAACAAGAAGAGUGCUGGGCAGCUGACUAGGCAAGGCCCUAGUGGACUUCUCGCUGGCGCGGCUGGCGAGGCAAACCACCAGAGCAGCGAUGAAAUGCGCUUUUCCACUGCCUCGAUGAGCGUCUUGCACCACUUAGUUCACGGAACUGCGCCUGCUGGGGGUUCUAGCCGCAUAAGCUCGGAUCGUAGUGUCUUAUCCGCCGGGACGUCUUCCCAUGGUGGCCUUCGUAGCUUAAUGGGCGGCAUAACCCAGUUGGUUGACGAGGAAGUAAACGGGAAUCCGCUCUUCCGACUUGACUCGGACCGCGAUGGGUCGUUGGAAGGCGACAUCGGCUUGAACCGCGAAUCCACGCCUCCUCUCUCAGCCUCAGAGGCCAACGCGAACGCGCAACAACCAGCCACAUUCAUUGACGAUGAAUCACCACGACAGAUCUUUCGAAAAAGCCACUCACAAGGUUCCAGACAUCUCAACAACCACGAAGCUGAAGCAGCUGCGUCCAGCGGGACUUCAGGCAAAUUUGCGCACGAAUCCAACACAGCAGGGGCGAAUUCGAUGCCUUCUGAUACGAUGGACGCCGCGGCGAUUGACGAUCUCCGCGUCUCUGUUUCGCGGGAAAAUCUAAACGGAGUACUCCACUACAAUGCAGCCUCUACGGAGCAGAGCCGGCAAAUUGGAUUCUCGUCCAACGUCGAAGUGCCCUCAAGAGGGGCAUCGCUCAUGUCAGAUCUCUAUACCGCCUCGUCCUCCUCAAGCAGUCGUGCCGCGUCAAUGGCUGGCGCGUCUCUUCACCUGAGUAACUCCGCACUCAGCGCGAGUAUCAACAGGUCUCAGCUCCAGCAGAGCUACGUGGCCAGCGGCGGUGCGAUAGUAGAUGCCGAAGGCGGCGCAUCAGCAGCUGUUGAAUCCGCUGCACCGACAGCACCUGUGAUGAGGGGCGGGUACAGUACGGUUGCAAUGGAGCAGCCAAAGACAAUGAGUGGGCGAGGCCCUGGGCCACCACGCAACGAUGUUGGGUCCGUUGAUGGUGCUAGCACAAUCCAGAACAAUAGCCCCGACCUUGAUAACUCGGACCUCGCUGGUGUGCUCGAGAUGUCAGCCCAGUUCGAACUUUCAAAUUCAGCUAGUGCGGCGAGGGAGCGUCAAGACUCAAAAAUCAAGAACCCGAAGCAGCUGGACCCAGCAUCGCGCAGUGGCGGUGGUGUAGACUUGCAGGAAGCAAUCGCCAUGCACGCGCGACAGCUCGAAAGCAUGGAUAUCACCCCACCGCAUGGAACUGGCCGAGUGUUUUCCAGUGUAUCCUCGAAGAGCCAUCACACGCAAGCGCCGGGAACAAAUCCAGGAGACGCGGCACACCUCGACGCGAGGUCACGCAUCACGGAUGAAGAUGAUACUAAUCAAGGCCGAAACAAUCUGGGCGCUGGUGCAAGACAGCAUCUAUCUUUCUCAGCCGAGCGACACGGAGUUCGUGGGAGAAAUCCCACCUCUGCCAGUAAUGGAGUAGUUCUUGGAAAAAAUCAUGAUACUGGCAGCAAUCUAUUGGGCCGAGGUGUUGAACAAGAAUACCACGAUAACAAUAGGCAGAGGGAAGCAACCUCGUCAUCGUCAUCUUUGAGUGUCAGGCAAGCAAGCCACGAUCGCGCUCCAAGCGAUUUGUUGAGCCUCUCCGUUAGUGGUACGCGCGACCCUUUGAUGAUGAGCGGUUACCAUUCUAGUCUGGGUAGUCUCUUGCCUGGCGCUGUGCAACGAAAGGCGGAACCUGGCAGCACCGCGAGCGGUCGCAUCGGUGCAUCCGGAGGCAAGAUAUCGUGCAGUAUCAGCGAUAUCACGUCUGUCGGCACCCGGACGCCAGCAGACCGAGGCUCUAUGCAAUUACAGGCAUCUGGAUCUGCUGGCCAAGGACAUCAUCAGAUGCAAGGCUCGUUGACAAGCGGCGCCUAUUCAUCAACUGGCCAUAAUCAGCCAGCGCAACAGACCGCUUUUCCGCAGCAAACUAUAGCAAGUAGUCGGCAGCCGCUACUUCAGCGAAACAGCUCGUUGAAGACGUUCCUGAGUGACAAUUCACCUUUUUGUCGCGUGCCACCUCAAACAGCACUUUUUCGUCCAGGCUGCAACAUUCCGCGGCUGCGGCUUGAAAAAGCGAUGUGCCAAAGAGAGAACGACGACACCAGCUCGGUGGAUUCUGGAGAAAUUGCACGCUUUCUCCAGAAUCAAGUUGGCGCUGGUGGCCCCUCUUCCUCUUCUAGUGCAGGAAAGAACGCAUCCAGUACAGCAGGAGGUGUCCCGUUGCUGCACGAGGACGGCACGGCGCGGGCCGUCAUGAAUCCUUUCCAGCUGGGCUGCUCUUCUCCUGCAAAUUUACACUAUGACGACGGCUCUGGCGGAGAGGUGAUUAAUCGUGGACAGCUACCUCCAGGAGCAAUAGGCGUUGGAGGUACUGUGAAUCCAGGCGGCGGCGGUGAUCAUUUAGGCAAAACAGGGAGUCUACACCUCGAUGCUUCGACGGGUACCACGGUCCUUCUACCGCAGAAUGCCUGGCUGCAUCAAGGGCCAUCGCGAUCUUCCUCUGCAGGACCACCUUACGAAGCGCCGCCUGCGCAGCGGCGCUCCGUGUCAGUAAAGAAGGCCUCAACCAUUGAAGACGCGACGCCGUCGCUUGUAAUGGGAGCAUCGGCUACUUCACAACUGGGGUCGGCCGCACUGCAGCGUGGAGGAUACUCAUCAACAUUAAAUGCCGCGAUGCUGCAGGAAACGCUGAUGCUCACAUCCCCAUGUGACCGCGCGCGUAGAAAAGUCCAAGCCGCUUACGAGAAAAUGCGAAGUAGGAGAAGCGCGCCAAUAAAUCUUGUUGGCGGCUUCGUGAAUCCACUGGACGCAGGCGGAUCCUUCGUACUGCUCCUUGUUUGCACUGCAUAACAGAAAAAGUCUAUGACAGAGGUGAAACAAAAUGGGGUGAAUACAAUCGUCCUCACGUGAAUAGCGACAUUUUUAGAGGUCCCUAUGCAUGUCUUUUUCAUGAGUUGGCUGAGGGCUACAUAACAGUAGAGUUACGUUUUUCAUUCAAGAAUUAUACCCUGCUGCAGCCACCGAGUGCCACGUUGUCUAUCGGGUCCGGUCCUGGCCUCGUUAGUCCAGCAGAACCUAGUCCGGUCGCCAGUGAAACAGAUCCAGCAGCAGCGGUAAGUGCUGAUAAUUCGUCACAACGGUGGAAUGAGCGUAGGUUUAUCCCUUAUCACGUGACGGCUCUUGAUGUUGAAGUUGAUUUCCGCAGAAAAACUUGGGAAAGUCGCUAUCGUUCUUGCGCCUGAAUUUGAAUCUGCACUGUAGAGAGCAAGGUCGUGAUGACGCCACCAAAAACUCAAACUACUUCCUCCUGUCCUUGUCUUCAGGGUGGGCUUCCAAUGCGGCAAAAGUCUGCACCUUCAGUGGGAAACGAAUUGGUACGAGAAAACUUCUUUCUUACGGAAGAGCUAGCAAGGCAGCACAUGGACGCUGAGACGGACAUACUAAGCCUUCAAGAUCGCGUGAAGCGGCUCCGUGACGAAUGUCAGGCACUAAAUAUCGAUUGCGUUAGACUUAGACUUGGCGCUGUUCUUCAUUUUCCAUAAGAGUUUAAUGUUGAAUCAACAUUCAACAAUUUCUACAACAUUCUCAUUCAACAAAUUCAGUUGCUAGUUCUACACUCAAAAACAAAAUCAGCGAGAAAAGCGCGAUCGCAUGCGACUCGAAGGGAAACUGUCACGCCAAGCGAAAUAUGUCUCGGAGGUUUCUGCAGACAACAUGAAGCUUGAGGAAGAGCUUUUUAAUGCACACAAAGACAUGCUCAGUGGCGCCUAGUACUUCAUGAAUACGAUUGCAAUAAUUUAGAUUUCUUCGAAAUUAAAACCUUAGGUAGAUAGUAUUGAAUACAAAGCUCCAGGUCUCAUUUCUGUUUCUUCUCAGAAGAUGGCCGUCUUUUCUCUAGCAUCAUGCGAUGCCUUCCUCCACCUCAAGUGGCCCGAGUACAAGUAUUUGGACAACUAGGACAACUCUGACCCUAACAUUAUUUUUUUGAAAGCACUAAGACCAUCGGGGCACCCAUCGUCCACGGCUGCCUCGUGUGCCGUCGCAGAUCUGCCGCGGCUUCGCUUUGCGCCGCUGCGGAGGUGCGCAUCGUCGCCGCCGCACCUACAUGCGCCACAUGUUCAGGCGGCCGCUUCCUCAACAAGACCGCACGGCGCCACUUGCUUCAUAUGUCAAUGGCGGCGCGCCGCUUAUUCUGGCCAAGUGGAAUGCUGUAGUGCGCUCAGCUACCAGGCCGAUCCGCUUGCGCCCCGGACACCAAGUCGAUGAGAAGGCCCCGCGAGUGCGUCGAAUAUCGGAGGAUGUCCGGGGUCGAAAGCUGGGGCAGUUCUCUGCUUUGUUCUCUUGGACAUUGAGACUGAGAAAGCUUGCCCGCCUUUCUUGUUCGAGGUCUUUCAUUCGGCGGCUUUGUAGCCUAUGGUUUGCCGGUGGGACUCUCUUCGCGGUCGGCUAGGGGUACGUCGUUGCUGCCGGUCUCGGAAGGGGUGGCUUGCCGCCGCUCCCCUCAGGCAUUGGCAAGUGUCAGAGCGUGUCUCCCUUCGCAACAAAGAAAAACGCCACAGCGCAGCCCACGCACUGGACCGGGCCCAAGUGCAGGACAAGGCCUUGCCUGACUGAUUUAGCCAAGAUCGCCAAAAGUUAUGAGCGAAACUGGAACAAAGAUGAAGGAAAGCCGGUGGGGCCGCUCUGAAGUGGUUCGAGGGGGUCGGGGGUUUGCGAAUUGAUGGGUUUGCGCGGCGUCCAUUUUCGAAGUGGUCCGCGCUCCGUUUUCUCCGUCAUUCAUCUUCGCCAGCAUUGCCUUGCGGGCCCCUUGUGCUGGGGCAUGACUGUAGGCUAAAGCACUGGCGUGAGUCAGAACAAGGACAAAGCCGAGCGGUGACCCCUCGGCGCCUUCGUGUGCCUCUCCGCUUUUCUUAAUGUUUUUGGCAGCGGCGCGGGCGCAGCUACUUAGUGUGUGGCCCGGGGAGGCACCUAAGUGAUGUCGCGCGCCUCUCUUUGUCUUUCCGCAGUUGCGCGCUGUUAUUUUUGGCGAAAUCUAUCAAGCUUCGGGCUUUCAGAUUCAGCCCGCGCCUAGCUUCUUCGGCCAGAUGGAUAACCGUCGCUGCGCGGGCAAUCGAUCUGACUGGCUUGAUCUGGAUGAAGAUCGACCCAGCAAGAUGGCUCACCCUCGUGGGAGUAGGUGCGCGUCAAUUUAAGCGAUCUGGGUUCGCUCAAAUUCAGGUGCCAGCGAGUCUGACAGAGUGAAAGCGAGCCACAAGACAGAUUGUUAGUCUCUGUGCUUUCUUCUUGUGUUGUCUUUGUCUAGAAGUUUAAGAUGAAAAAGGGAAUGACUCGACAGUGCUACCGUAACAAGUAGUGCUUACGUUUACAUUUUUGUCUUAGUCAUUCUAUUGCUAUUGGGUGCUGUACGUAGGCAAACAAUAUCUUCAGUAGAUGGGAGACUGUGAAGAUUGAUGAUAUCGAUAUCCAUCCUAGAAUUUUCUCGAUUUCAUCAAAAUAGCAGCAACAGUUAUGGGACCACAAGCGGUGCGCCCUCGGAAAUCGGCGUCGUUUAUUCCGGAGCAGCGUCCUCGACCGGCGACCAAGCCUACAGCACCGCGGCGCGAGGUACAUAAUGCAAAAUACCCUCUGUUUUGCAAUUAAUUCGUAUAGGUCGCAGCAAAGUUGUCGAGGAGUUGGUUUACUCUUACUAAGAUCAUUCCUAGUUGAGAAAGAGAAACUGAAACACCGUCAGCUUCAUACAUCACAGUACGCACUAGAUAUAUAUUUGGCCUCACGGCUUGUGCUCGAAAUUCAGAUUCUUUCAUAUUGGAAUCGAUUUCCCGGCGUUCAUCUCGUCGGUCGUCCAGUGUCGGCCUAGUUGGGCGUGCGCAAACGCGGUUGGAGAGGUCUGCGCCUCCGGUCGGACGACAUCGUGGAAUUCCGAAUCCAGCAUCCAUUCCUGGAAUGAUGUCUCAGCAUGCGCAGCAUGACAGAACCAUUAGUCUCCCUGCGCAUCCGAGCGGCAGUGUGAGCAACAUGGGAGUAGAUAUGUCAGCUAUGAUGUUGAAUCCAAUGGCGACCAGCAACGUUGCAGCACAAUCACAGGCUCAGCAAGGUCUUCAACAUCAGGCAGGGCUACCUCCAGCAACAGGCACACUCUCUGCCCCGUUCCCAGGGCAGCGCCGUACUCGAUAUUCUCGCGGACUGGAAGCGACAUCAAGUCUCUCCUCUACUCACAACAGCACAACUAUGGUACCACAAGGUCAAUAUGCGGCUUCAUCCUCUGAAGCGAUCGACAACUACCCUCCUCUGUCAAUCGCACCGCAGCUGUCAGUAGCCGAGCACCAGCUGCAGCGCUAUUUGUCGGAAGCGAGCACGUCCAGCAGCUCAGCGAGCACGCGCUUCUUCGCACCACCGCAGCGAGGGCUGCAGCAACACCUCGUUGGCGGAACAUUGAUACAUCCGUCGGCCGCGAAAGGGGUAGUGCAGCAUCAGCAGCCUCCAGCACCUGGGCAUCCACAGCACGCCGUGGCUUUCUAUGCGGACGCUGGCCAUCUCCAAGGUCCACAGCGGAAUUUGAGGGCACGCGAGCAAGCGGGAAGUGGAAAUACGAGUAUGGUGAUGAGUCGCGGCGGCAAUCACCUGCACCAGUUCCACGGAAGCGCAACAGCGCCUCAACAUUCUGCUGCGUGGAUGCCCGAGCGACCGGUCCCCAACACAGUCCACGAGAUACUCGAUCAGUACACUCGAGCCGCACGACUAGUAGAAGGAAGUGGCUCAGGUCCAGGUGGAGUAAGCCUUGGCACAAGCAAGAAACCCCGAGGAGCAGGAGACGGGGGAGCAUCGUUGGUGAAUAAAAAGUCCCUCCAAACCCGUUUUCGAAAUGCAGCUGCCGAGACGCGGAGAAUGCAGCAGGUCGCACAGAACGUUGCCGAUAGAGGUGUAACAACAGGUUUUGCAAGGAGCAAGCCAUUUUUUGCAACAUAGAGAGUCGAGAAGAAAAAGCCGAGCUUUCGCUUUCGCACAUCUUGUAGUAAUUUCCGUUGCUGCCUCCAGUCCGAGGUAGAGAGACUAAAUCAAUGUCACUUUGCUGCUUUUUGAACUCACGCACUCGUACUCGUUUCGCACAGUUAACAAAAUGUCUAUGAGGACGAGCUGUCCAUGUCCUCGAGGGUACACGCAAGCACUGUCAUAGUGGAUAUCACGUGGAUUUUAUCGCAUAGAUUUGGAUCAAAAUCGAAAGAUCGAUAAAUAGAAAUAUCAUUUCGCUUAUAGAGAAAGGCACAUUAGAAGUUCGUCCCUAAUCCUUAAUCCCCCAGAUUCAACUAUUUUUGGUUAGCGAAGAUUCAUUUGUACACAAUUGGCUUAAUCUGUGAGCUCCUCGUGGCAGGCCGCCCGUAAUUUAUCAUAUUGUUGCGAGAUGAAGGGUUGUACGAAAGCAUUGAUUGUGGUCUUCGCUUACUCCUAGUACACUACAAGGACCGCGAAAGCUGCCCGCGUAAAUAUCACGAAAAUGAAGCCAGAACCAUGAACACCAUGCUUACACGUGUAAGUACAACAUCCGAAGAGCUACCUAGGACCAGGAGCAAAUCGGCUUGGAUCUCACACAAGGUUGACUUGAGUGUGCACAAAGCUGCAGACGCUCCGAAAGAUGAGGGUAGGAAAAGAAAUACAGCUAAAAGAUGUCCUCGCAC